AUGAAUGUUCCAUGCAAAUGGGAUGUGCACGGCCAUGGAACUCCGGAGUACGUAGUCAAAUAUGGAACAGCAACUCAACUUGUCGAAGAGUUACAAAAUGAAAUUGAUACGGAAACAUUUAAAACUGAGAACAAAAUUGUGAUAGAGAAGGAGCAGAUGUGGUGUUGCUACAGAAUAUGCAAAAAUUUACCAGAUACACACAAUGUUCAAUAUCUAAAUACGUUUCUGUUCAUUCAAUCAUUGGAUGAUUCGAAAAUAAGCGUAAAUACUCUGUCAACAAAAUUUCAGAUGAGAAUUUGCGUGCGCCAAAAAUAUCGAGAUAGUCUUCAAAUUGCGAUAGACGCGGCAAGUUAUAAUUUGCUUCGUCAAAUAGAAAGGGACACGAUCAAAGUAGAUUUAAAAAAUGCAAAAUACAUUAAGGAAUUAUCAUCACUUGUUUGUUGCUUUUGGGCCUUUAUAAAGCUGCCGAUCAGCAUGAAACAAAUCUCUGAAAAAGACAGAAAGGCCAUAGAAAUUGAUUUUGAAGAGAUUCAUUUGACAAUUAAGUUACCUCUUGACAUCGACUGCUAUUCUUCAGCCAUUCGAGUUAUUUGGCUAAGCUACGACUAUUUUUCCGAUCAGUCGGCAUCUUUUCAUAUACCGGAACUACCAGAUAAAUACCAAAUGAAAAUGGAUUUAUUAGAUUUCUGCAUUUCCGAAAGCAAUUACCUUCAUGAAAUGCGGGAAGAACAGAAGGAUACUCGUGUGCAACGAUUAGCUGAGAAAAAAGCGCUGAUCAAGCGUAUAUUAAAUCCGCCCACGAAUGAGUCAACCGCAGGAUCGAAAUCAUCGAAGCGCAAGAAACACAAAGAAAAAUCAAAUUCCGAUUUCAUGCCACCAAUCGAGGCUGGGCCGGAAACAAACUUAGCUAACCCAGAGGAAGUUAUCGCGCAUCAUGAAGAUGAAACGAAGAAAGAAAGAAGACGCUUAUUUUUUACGAAAUGUAAAAAAACAGAAGUAAAUUUACGUAAAUACAUAAUUUUAGGAGGGCAUUAUCAAAUUGCUCUAAUAAAUCAACCGCCACAGCCGAAAGAUUUCCGUCGAGACAUUUCUCUUACAACUCUGCAGUUACCGAACCAACUUGAAUUUAUCAAGUUUUCAAGACCUUAUAAAGCUCCACCAACUGCGCCAGAGUCCGAAAGAACACCAGAAAUCAUUGAGGCCGAAAUGAAAGCUUUGGAGGCAUCGAUGGAGGCACUCAUCCUUGUCACUCUUAAGCUACCGGAAACCAAAUUGUGGUUCGAGCCACCGCUAGUUGCACAUUGGUUAUCAGAUGAAAAGAUAUGGUCCACGGAGGAUGUACAUGACAUUAAAUACAACGAAGAGAAGCAAACGAUUACCUUUCGCACUGGCAAGUUCGGCAUUCACGGUCUAGUAGCCUACCGCUUUAUCAAUUUACCCUUCCAAAGUUGGGAGCUAAAGCCAGAGGCAGAUAAAAAUGGUAACGGCGUCAUACUCAGUAUCACCGGCGCCAUUAUUCAGCUGGAAUUUCUUAUAAGGGAAGAUAUGGUCUGUUUAAAUUCAGUAGUGGGUGCAGCGCAUAAGGUCUUUGAAAAUAUUGAAGGAGAGUUUAUCAGACUUCACAAAUUAAUCGAUACAUUACGAAGAAUGGGAUGCGAUUUCUUCCCCGAGCAAGAUGCCGCGAGCUACAUCAAAGGAAUUUCUGUGAAGCAUCCAAUAGCCGUAGCUCAUCUGCUGCAGUGCAUGGGUUUGGUGUCCACCGCCUAUUCAUUUUCAUGGUCGAGAUGGAAUGCGACACGAGGAUAUCGUGAUAUAGUUGUGCAAAUAAAAGAAAUCCACGGUUUUGUAGCUAAGCAGAAAUCUAACGCAAUACUCCUGGUAACGCCAUUCCAUACUUCGGUUGUUAAUUGUUCAGAAGUCAGCACAGAAUUCUGUAGUGAUCCAGCGGAUGAAAAAGAUUACUAUUAUGCUGAUGUAUACCAAUAUGCACUUAAGAAUGCUGGGAUAAAAAGUCAACUAGCCAUAAAAGAUAUUUCAUUUAAGUUAUCCAUUACAGUUACGAAACUUUUGGAAGCGACCAAUAUUAUCAAUAUGUCCGCUUAAAGUUAAUCAAAUGAUGAUAAAAUUAAAUUUUCCGUAC